AUGUAAGGCGGCGAUUAACGGGGCCGGGCAGGGCGGCGGCGCGAUGGGAGCAGCCAGCAGCGGGUCCGGCCCGGGGCCCCCCCAGGGCCGAGCCGUGGGGUCGUGGGUGCGGGCGCUGCUCCGCCGGAGCGGGUCGGUCCAGGGACCGGUGCCGGUACCGGGACUCGCUGUGGCCACCGAGGAGCCGCCGUUCCCGGGGUGGCCGCUGCCGCAGCUCGUCUCGCUUUUCCUGCCGGAGUUCCCCGUUCGCCCCUCCGCCCGGCAGCAGCAGCUCAAGAUCCUGGGCUUGGUGGCCAAAGGCUCCUUCGGUACCAUCCUAAAAGUGUUGGACUGCGGGAGAGAGAAGGUCUGCGCCGUGAAGGUCGUGCCCAAAGUGGAGGUGCUGCGCCGCGACACCCUUAAGCAGUGCAAGGAAGAAGUCAGCAUCCAGAGACAGGUCAGGCACCCGUUUGUCCACGGCCUUGGGGACAGCUGGCAGGGCCAGCGCCACCUCUUCAUCAUGUGCACCUACUGCAGCACUGGGGACCUGCACGCGCUGUGGCGUGCCGCUGGGCGCUUCACCGAGGCCACCGUCCGCCUGUUUGCAGCCGAGCUGGUGCUGGUGCUGGUGUACCUCCACGACCUGGGCAUCGUGCACAGAGAUGUGAAGACCUUGUUUUAUUUCAGAUGGAGAACAUCCUCCUGGAUGAGAGAGGUGAGGGCCUGGUGGCAUUGGCGUGGGGACAUCCUGUGCAUGGGGUCACCCCCUCCUCUUGCACUGUCUUGCCCCCCAGGGCAUCUCAAACUCGCUGACUUUGGCCUCUCCCGACACCUGCGCUGUGGUGAGCGGGCACACACCAUCUGUGGCACUCUGCAGUACAUGGCCCCAGAGGUGCUGAGUGGGGGUCCCUACAGCCACGCAGCUGACUGGUGGUCCCUGGGUGUCCUGCUCUUUGCCCUGGCCAGCGGGGAGUUUCCAGUGCCACCAGCGAGGGACCACGUGGCCAUGCUGGAGCGUGUCAAAGAGAGCAGCUAUGCGAGCCCCCCUGCACUCAGCCCUGCGCUGGGCCGACUGCUGGCUGAGCUGCUAUGCCACAACCCCCUUCGCCGCCUGCGCUACCUCCACCACUUCCAGGACCACCCUUUUUUCCGUGGGCUGGCCUUCGACGCCGAGCUGCUGCAGAAGGACCCGGUGGCCGUUGCCGUGGCCCCACGUCCCACCGAGCAGCCCCUGCCCGAUCCCACCACCUUUGAUGACUUCGACUGCGACCUCACUGCCGCCCCCCCGAACCGGCCAUGGCCCGGCUGAGCCUCCGCUGGAGGAACCCCCGCACCGCGGAGGGACCCCCGCGCCACUCAGGGACACCCCCCCGCCCUCUGUACCUCUCUCCACGGGAGCAAUAAACCCAAACCCGACGGUAA